AUGGCCGAAGUCGAUCUUGACGAAUACAAUGGCGGCCGCUUGGUCGGCGCCACCAUUGCCCUACUAGCUCUGAGUUGGAUCACUAUUGGUCUGCGCACAUAUACCCGAGCCGUGAUCAUGAGGAGUUUUCAGUCCGAUGACUGGUUAAUGCUGGUGGCUCAGAUCAUCUUCACAGCACUCUGCGCAUGCAUCUUCGAAGGUGUGCGCAGAGGCAUGGGGCGACACAACGCAGCUAUCAAGACAGAUGAUGAUAGAGUUGCUGCACUCAUGUGGCAAGCCAUUGCGACGAUUGCCUACAUCUUGUCCAUGAUGUUCGUCAAACUCAGCAUCGGUGUCUUCCUUCUUCGAUUAUCCGCCAGGAAGGUGUACAGCAUCAUCAUCAAAAUCAGUCUCAUCGUCGUCACCCUAUAUACCCUGGGCGUCUUUUUCUGGGAUGUUUUCCAGUGCAUGCCCGUCGCCAAACAGUGGGAUUACCGAAUCAUGGAGGGCCAUUGCGCCAGUGGGCAGGACAUUAUCAAUGCCGCCUACGCCAUUAGUGUCCUCACUGUUGUUUCGGAUUGGUUCUACGCUCUGCUGCCCAUCCCCAUGCUGUGGAACGUCAAGAUGACCAAGCAGGCCAAGGUCACCGUUGUUCUCAUUCUGGGCCUUGGUAUUUUCGCGAGCAUUGCUACACUGAUUCGUGUCAAGUUCUUGGCUGGUCUGACGGAAACGGACGAUCUUCUCUUUUCUGCGACUGAUGCCUUGCUUUGGAGCAUGGUCGAGCCUGGCGUGGCAAUCAUCGCCUCGAGUCUCGCCACCAUCCGGCCCUUGCUACGCGUUCUCAAGAUUCGCGGGUUUGAAUCAACACACCGGACACCAUCGACGGGCCUGUCGGGCAAGAGCAAGAAGCAGAGCUCCAUGCCAGGAUAUGGACCCAACGACGUCUCACUCCACCGCGUCACCGUUGUCGACUCGGAAAGCCGCAGCGAGGCGAUGGCAUAUGACGAGUACCAUCGCCACGCGGCCGGGCUCUCGUCUCAUCCGCCUCCUCUCGACUUUAAUCCAGAUCCGGUGCUGGGAAACAAGGUCAGCAUCUCGGCCGGCGGUGGCAACCACACUCGGGUACGGGACGACUCCAAGAGUGAAAUGUACAUUAUCGAGGGCAAAAUGGUGUCCCCGACCUGGGGCCCGCGCGAGUACCCGCCCUCGGACAGAUCUCUGGAGGACAUUAGCGCCCUGGAGGAGCAAAGUCAAGAACUCGGUCAUGGCUCUUCUAGUGGACAGGCCCGCCGACGAUGA